CUUGUUACAAGGGGAGAUAAUUAUAAUUAGUUUUCCACAAUGUUUGUUUCACUUUCAGUUUGUUUUGUAUUACAUUUGUCAUUUGUUCUAUCAGACGAUAUUACCACUAGAGAAGGACAUGGAAAACCUUUUGGAUAUAGAAAGCCCUUCCAGUAUAUUGAAGAAAUUGACAAUUUCCCAGACCCUAAAACUUUUAACGAAAUUUAUAUCAUUCCAUAUAAGCCGGUUAAAAUGAAAAAUGUUGCAAAAAUUUCACCGGCUUUUACAAAAUGGACAGAUGAUUACUUUAUUUCAUUGAAAGAACCCAGUGAUCAUGUUGUUUCUGUUGAAACGAGAAAAAAAGAAGAUAGGACACAAGCUGUUAAAGAAAUGCCAUUUGUGGAAUUUGUUAAGUCCUACAAUACAUCUGGGAUAUAUAUGGUUAAUCCAGUACCACCGUUUAUAGGGGGUGAUUUAGUUUUACCAUGUCCUUUGCAGUGUAGGGAUAUAAUAGAUAAAGGAUUGGUAGAAAAUAUUAUGUGGUUCAGUAGUGGUGGUACUAAAUCUGUUGUUCACACUGAUUCUGUAGACAAUAUAAAUUGUUUGUACAGAGGACAGAAAUCUUUUGUAAUUGUGGAUCCAACAAAAUAUGGUGACAAGGUUGAUAUAGACCACCCUGAAGGUGCAUACUCAGCAGUAGACGUGGAUAGUGUGGAUUAUACAAAAUAUCCAGGAUUAUCUGAAGUAGAGUUUUACCAUACCAACCUCACUGCAGGAGAUUGUCUUUACAUUCCAUAUAAAUGGAUUCAUCAAGUACGGUCUUACGAUAGUAAUUUGGCAGUAAAUAUAUGGUGGGACCAUUUUAAAAAUAAUGAUGUGAAUUGGAAUGACUGCAAUGCUAAGUGUGAUCCUAAACUCACCUUUACCAAAAUUAAAUUUCAUGGUUUUGAUGGACAGAUGGAUAACAUACAGCAAAUCAAAGACCAUUUUCAAGAUAUAUUAAAAUUUCCUAAAGAGAUGGAUGCAAACAAGUUUUUAAAAGCAAUAUUAGGUAAUGAUGUACCCUUCUUAAAAGAAACAGGGAGGUAUGAUGAUGCAAGAUCUGUAAUACUUGAGCUCUUUACAAUAAUGGACCUUGAUAAAGAUUCAGUUUUAAGUAUUGAUGAGGUCAAGUUAGCUCCAGAUGAGGUGUGGACAGAAGGAAGAGAGUUAAUGAUAGAAUUGGGACACAUCCUUGAUGGUGACCAGCCAGAUACUGAUGAGGAUCAGCAUGAUGAACUGUGAUGCACUGUGAUGAAAAUGUGGGAUAACACUUUGACUGUGAUGAUAUAUAGAGAGGAGACAGAACCAAGUGACUUUAUUAUUUAACUAUGCAUUCACGAACUUUCUCAUCUUGUGUUGUUUUUUCAUUGUUUUUUUUAUAAGGAGUUUAUACAAAUUUUGUGAUAAAACUGAUAUACUUUCACCUCAAAAAGGAAUAAUCAAAAUGAUUUUUAUCAUAGCAUUUUAUUGGUGAAUGUAAUUUUUUAUUAGUUAAAUUUUUUCAAGUUAUUGUACAUAACAAAUGUUAAAUGUACAUUUAUAUCAUUUUUUAGGAUAGGUAGUUAGUUACUUGUGCAAUAUUUAUGUUUAGUGAUACAUGUACAAAAAUGUACUACAAACAAUUAAAUAUUUUGAAAUAAAUAUCAAGACAGUGUUCUUUUCAAGAAAAAUCUUGACAAGUGAAAUUAAUCGGGCAUUGAUUAUAAUGAAAAAUCUUAUGAUAAAAAUAUACAAAUUGAUCGUAAGAUAUGUUCAUUAAUCUUUGUUAUAGGAGUUGCAGAAUCUUAAUGUGAUAGUUUCAAAUUAGAUAAAGUAUGUGGAAAAUUAACAUGAAAAAAGUGUGUAAUGUUGAAUGCUACUAUGUUUAAGGGUUGAUUUUUAAUUGACAUUGAUUAGCUCUGUAAAAGACAAUUAUAAGACAAUACUAGCCCACUAUAGAUUUGUCUAAGAGGGGGAUCAUGACAAAAGCCGUCAUAUUAUAAAAUUGUUAUAUGUAUAUAAUAAAGUGAAGAGCCAAAAUAAAGUUAAGAGCCAUAUAUAUAUUUGUAUUUGCCAUGACAAUACCUUUCUAUUUCUAAAAUUUGUUUUUUGAGCAAUUUUUUUAACUGAGUGAGUUCUAUAGAUAAACAGAGUGUAUGUUAUAGUCUGCCAAACAAUCUAAAAAAUAGAUAGUUUUGUGACCUAUGAUAAAGAUAAGCUUUUUUGACUACUGGACUAGUUAGAACCAGAUUUCAACAGUCUCUAUAACAAACUCACAAAAUUUAAAUAUUAUAACUUUAUCCAAAACAUCUGCUACAAAACAAAUCUCCUUUAUAGAUAAUGUUUUGUUUUGGUUAUUUUAUCUAUUAUUUUAACCUUAAUGUCUGAAUGACAUACAGAACCAUCAUAAACACAUUUUUCUAAGGAAAUGUUAUGUGGAUUCAUUAAUAUUAGUUGGAUACCAAUUUUCAUGGAUUUUAUGGGUACAGGUCAACCACGAAAUCAAAUGUUCAACGAAUGACAAAUUUUCUAUAGGCUUGAAUGCAGACUUUAGCAAAACCACCAAACAGGCAAGUUUUCCCUAGUCCAUGAAAAUUGGUACACACAAAAAUAAAUGAAUCUACAGUAUGUUACAUUUAAAAAAUUUAAAAAAAAAUUGGUCAUUUGUUUUCAAAAAAGAUUUAAGGCACCAAUAAUAAUCUCUUUGUUUAAAUUACACUUACUAGAGUAAGUAUUAAGUAAUGAAUGCUGUGGGGUUUCUAGGUAGAGGAACAAUUAUACUAUUAUUCAUCCUUUGUAUGCAUCUUAAGUUUGAUAAAAUCUUUUAUCUUAUGUUGGUGUUGGUAUAAUCUCUUUUUGAUUAGAUGUUUUAUUGUUUGAAUAUUUUCCGAGGUACCAACACAUAUAUAUCUAUAUAGUUACUAUUUUUUUAUAUAAAUUAUUAUAUUUAUUGAGAUGUAUAUUUAUAUCAGGUUCUUUUUGUGAUAUUUAUGACAAUGUAAAUCAUUCCACAUGCUGAACCACAUAGUAAUUUUGAUUGAAACACAUAGUAAUUUUAACUGAACACAUAGUAAUUUUAACCGAACACAUAGUAAUUUUAACUCAAACACAUAGUAAUUUUUUCAUAAACAUUUUGGCUAUAAAGCUAGUAUCAAAUAAAAUUUGCUCAAAGUAACAAAAUACAUUUUCUGUAUAAUUAUUUUUUUGGGACAAGGGAUGCUCUAUGUUAUUUUUCUAAACACCAGUCUAAUUUGUUGAUUAUGUAGUUUUACCAUCUUACCAAGUCAUGCAAGUUUAGGAUUGUAUCCAGCCAAUUUUAAAAGAGGGUUCCAACUAUUGUCCCCAUUUAAAAGUAUUAAUUCUCAUGUAAAAAGGGGGGUUCCAAUCUCCUGCAAUCCAUCCCUGGAUCCGCUGUGUAUGAUUUAGUUCACCAAUCAUAAACAUAAAUCCACCUAAAUUAUUUAUUAUAGUUCAAAAGUCGGUAUUAUUUACAUUUCUAAAAUUAUUGCUCUUGCAUUAAUCAUAAAAUAUUUUUGAUCUGUAUUUGUAUGAGUUUUAUGUUUACUCAAAUAUGCUUGUUAUAGUAUUCUAUCUGUUAUGUCUCUUUGUUUUUCUACUAAAUAAAACUUCUUAAGAAAUA